UUUUUUGCGUAUAAUUCGUAAAAAACGAAAAAUUUUGAAAAACUUUUUAAACAAAAGUUAUAGAUCUCACCAAAAUACACAUUUUAUGUUCUUAUCAUUAUUUGCUAAAAUCCAUUAUUUUCCGAGAAAAAUGUAAAAAACCAUAAAAUACCAUAAAAACGGGAAAUUCAAGACUUCGCCCGCCACAGCUCAUGAAGUCCCGCUUUGUGCAUAUAGAAAGGGAGUCAAAUUUACUUCCUAGUUGGUACUAGAAGGUACACAACCCAGACCCGAGCCCCCUACAACGUGUCCCCCCAAAAAACCUUUUUUCAGGGCCUAAGGGGGAACAGCUGAGAGGCGGGCGAAGCCCGCCUCAGGUCGUGUGCCCUUGCUCUGUGCAUACAGAAAGGGAGUCAAAUUUACUUCCUAGUUGGUACUAGAAGGUACACAACCCAGACCCGAGCCCCCUACAACGUGUCCCCCCCAAAAAACCUUUUUUCAGGGCCCAAGGGGGGAAGAGCUGAGAGGCGGGCGAAGCCCGCCUCAGGUCGUGUGCCCUUGCUCUGUGCAUACAGAAAGGGAGUCAAAUUUACUUCCUAGUUGGUACUAGAAGGUACACAACCCAGACCCGAGCCCCCUACAACGUGUCCCCCCCAAAAAACCUUUUUUCAGGGCCCAAGAGGGGAACAGCUGAGAGGCGGGCGAAGCCCGCCUCAGGUCGUGUGCCCUUGCUCUGUGCAUACAGAAAGGGAUUCAAAUUUACUUCCUAGUUGGUACUAGAAGGUAUACAACCCAGACCCAAGCCCCCUACAACAGAAAGGGAGUCAAAUUUACUUCCUAGUUGGUACUAGAAGGUACACAACCCAGACCCGAGCCCCCUACAACGUGUCCCCCCCAAAAAACCUUUUUUCAGGGCCCAAGAGGGGAACAGCUGAGAGGCGGGCGAAGCCCGCCUCAGGUCGUGUGCCCUUGCUCUGUGCAUACAGAAAGGGAGUCAAAUUUACUUCCUAGUUGGUACUAGAAGGUAUACAACCCAGACCCGAGCCCUCUACAACGUGUCCCCCCAAAAAACCUUUUUUUAGGGCCUAAGGGGGAACAGCUGAGAGGCGGGCGAAGCCCGCCUCAGGUCGUGUGCCCUUGCUCUGUGCAUACAGAAAGGGAGUCAAAUUUACUUCCUAGUUGGUACUAGAAGGUACACAACCCAGACCCGAGCCCCCUACAACGUGUCCCCCCCAAAAAACCUUUUUUCAGGGCCCAAGGGGGGAACAGCUGAGAGGCGGGCGAAGCCCGCCUCAGGUCGUGUGCCCUUGCUCUGUGCAUACAGAAAGGGAGUCAAAUUUACUUUCUAGUUGGUACUAGAAGGUACACAACCCAGACCCGAGCCCCCUACAACGUGUCCCCCCAAAAAACCUUUUUUCAGGGCCUAAGGGGGAACAGCUGAGAGGCGGGCGAAGCCCGCCUCAGGUCGUGUGCCCUUGCUCUGUGCAUACAGAAAGGGAGUCAAAUUUACUUCCUAGUUGGUACUAGAAGGUACACAACCCAGACCCGAGCCCCCUACAACGUGUCCCCCCCAAAAAACCUUUUUUCAGGGCCCAAGGGGGGAAGAGCUGAGAGGCGGGCGAAGCCCGCCUCAGGUCGUGUGCCCUUGCUCUGUGCAUACAGAAAGGGAGUCAAAUUUACUUCCUAGUUGGUACUAGAAGGUAUACAACCCAGACCCAAGCCCCCUACAACAGAAAGGGAGUCAAAUUUACUUCCUAGUUGGUACUAGAAGGUACACAACCCAGACCCGAGCCCCCUACAACGUGUCCCCCCCAAAAAACCUUUUUUCAGGGCCCAAGAGGGGAACAGCUGAGAGGCGGGCGAAGCCCGCCUCAGGUCGUGUGCCCUUGCUCUGUGCAUACAGAAAGGGAUUCAAAUUUACUUCCUAGUUGGUACUAGAAGGUAUACAACCCAGACCCAAGCCCCCUACAACAGAAAGGGAGUCAAAUUUACUUCCUAGUUGGUACUAGAAGGUACACAACCCAGACCCGAGCCCCCUACAACGUGUCCCCCCCAAAAAACCUUUUUUCAGGGCCCAAGAGGGGAACAGCUGAGAGGCGGGCGAAGCCCGCCUCAGGUCGUGUGCCCUUGCUCUGUGCAUACAGAAAGGGAGUCAAAUUUACUUCCUAGUUGGUACUAGAAGGUAUACAACCCAGACCCGAGCCCUCUACAACGUGUCCCCCCAAAAAACCUUUUUUUAGGGCCUAAGGGGGAACAGCUGAGAGGCGGGCGAAGCCCGCCUCAGGUCGUGUGCCCUUGCUCUGUGCAUACAGAAAGGGAGUCAAAUUUACUUCCUAGUUGGUACUAGAAGGUACACAACCCAGACCCGAGCCCCCUACAACGUGUCCCCCCCAAAAAACCUUUUUUCAGGGCCCAAGGGGGGAACAGCUGAGAGGCGGGCGAAGCCCGCCUCAGGUCGUGUGCCCUUGCUCUGUGCAUACAGAAAGGGAGUCAAAUUUACUUUCUAGUUGGUACUAGAAGGUACACAACCCAGACCCGAGCCCCCUACAACGUGUCCCCCCAAAAAACCUUUUUUCAGGGCCCAAGAGGGGAACAGUUGAGAGGCGGGCGAAGCCCGCCUCAGGUUCGUGUGCACUUGCUCUGUGCAUACAGAAAGGGAGUCAAAUUUACUUCCUAGUUGGUACUAGAAGGUACACAACCCAGACCCGAGCCCCCUACAACGUGUCCCCCCUAAAAACCUUUUUUCAGGGCCCAAGAGGGGAACAGUUGAGAGGCGGGCGAAGCCCGCCUCAGGUCGUGUGCCCUUGCUCUGUGCAUACAGAAAGGGAGUUAAAUUUACUUUCUAGUUGGUACUAGAAGGUACACAACCCAGACCCGAGCCCCCUACAACGUGUCCCCCCAAAAAACCUUUUUUCAGGGCCCAAGAGGGGAACAGUUGAGAGGCGGGCGAAGCCCGCCUCAGGUCGUGUGCACUUGCUCUGUGCAUACAGAAAGGGAGUCAAAUUUACUUCCUAGUUGGUACUAGAAGGUACACAACCCAGACCCGAGCCCCCUACAACGUGUCCCCCCAAAAAACCUUUUUUCAGGGCCCAAGAGGGGAACAGUUGAGAGGCGGGCGAAGCCCGCCUCAGGUCGUGUGCCCUUGCUCUGUGCAUACAGAAAGGGAGUCAAAUUUACUUUCUAGUUGGUACUAGAAGGUACACAACCCAGACAUUUGGUAUUUCACUUUUUUACGUUCUGCAUUUCGUCUUUCAGAUUCCGUAUUCUACUAUUCCUAUUCCGUAUUCCACUUUUCAUAUUCCGCAAACCACUUUUCAAAUUCCGCAUUCCACUGUUCAAAUUCUGCAUUUCAUUAUUUUGAUUCCGCAUUGAGCUCGUGUACUCUCUUUAUCUCUCUGUGUGAAUAUAGAAAGGGGACUCGGACGAGGUGUACUAUCCAGCCGCAGGAACCGCGUAUAUUUUAUUACUCCCUCACAGUAUCCAUUGGGCACAUUGACACGAUCGUGUUUAAAAUAUCAUGGACCGGAAAUAUAAUAUUUUCGCUUUAAGUGUCAUUUUACAAAAUAGAGAAUCGACUCUGCAAUGGUUGCGUGAUGUAGAACUGAUCCCGAGUGAACGCUUUUGUUCGAAGCAUAAGAAAAAUAUGACUUUGACUGAAUCAGCGUUCACUUGUGGUCAGUUCGUUUGCGAGAAAAAAGGUAAAUAUCGUCAUCGUCAUACUGUCGCAGAGAACACGUGGUUCGAACAAUGCCAUAUCUCUGCGGCUUCUUGUAUGAUGGUGACGUAUUGCUUUUCAGUGAGUUUUGACUUUCAGCAAACUAUUCGUGAGAGUAGUAUUGUUGAAGGUCAAAAUAUUUCUUCUGAAACCAUUGCAGAUCGAUUCUCUUUUUGUCGGGAGGUCUGCAUGAUUGCUUUAGAUGAACACUUCCUAGAAGAGGGUCAAAUUGGAGGUGUGGGCGAAAUCGUCGAGAUCGACGAAUGCAAAAUCGGUCGUCGAAAGUUUGAGAGAGGUCGAGUAGUAGAGGGUUCAUGGAUCCUCGGAAUGAUUCACAGAGGACAUUCUUCCAACUAUCGACUGGAAAUCUGUCCCGACAACAAACAAGACAAAACUACUUUAAUCAACUUGAUUAAAAAGCACGUUGUUGUCGGAACAGAAAUCCAUACUGAUUGUUGGAAGGGCUACAUUGAUUUGGAACAAUGUGGCUACGUUCACAAAACUGUGAAUCAUUCCGAGGAAUUUGUAAACUCUACUACUGGUGCCCACACCCAAAAAAUUGAAUCCUCUUGGAGAUGGAUGAGACAAUCUCAUAAUCACAUAAUCACAUAAUCACAUAAUCACAUAAUCUUGCAGACCACCUUUGUGAGUUUUUGUGGCGGAGAAGGGUUCGCAAAUUAAAUGCCGAUCCUUUUUCGCAAUUAAUUGCGGACAUAAAAAUUGCUUACCCUGGCCACAAAAACUAAGAAAAUGGCACUUAAAUCAAUCGGCCUUUUUCAAGGCCACGAAACCGUUGCGAUUUGUAACAUUCCAUCAAUCGGCCUUUUUCAAGGCCACGAAACCGUUGCGAUUUGUAACAUUCCAUCAAUCGGCCUUUUUCAAGGCCACAAAACCGUUGCGAUUUGUAACAUUUCAUCAAUCGGCCUUUUUCAAGGCCACAAAACCGUUGCACUUUGUAACAUUUUAUCAAUCGGCCUUUUUUUGUUAAAAUUAUUUUUCAAAAUUUUGCGUUUUUUACGAUUUAUUCACAAAAACCACAAUUUUAUGGUUUUCAUAAUGGUUUUUACCAUAAUCAUUAAAUUUGCACCAAUUUUCAUUAUUAUUUUUGUGAUCAGCGCAUCUAAAUACGUAAAGAAACUGUAUUUUGUUAAAAUUAGCUGUUCUUUUGAGCAAAAGUAUAUUUUAACC